UUCUCCCCUCACAGACCCUUCCUCAGACCCGUCCCUCCUCUCACCACAGAUCCCUCCAAACCACUGAACUAAUACACCCCUAUCCUCGUUAAGAGCCUCCUCCUCCUAGUCCCCGCCCCUGUUUUACAACCCCAUCUCGCUCUCCUAGAACGCCCCCUCCGCCCAGGCCCCGCCCCCUGCCGCUCUAGCCUCCGCUCCUCUCGUUGGUUCGCGCCGGGGCUCCGCGGGCCGGGCACGGAGGCGGGGAGGCAGCGGGCGGCGCGGUGGGCACGUUCCGGUCUUUCGCUCGCCGUUACGUCCGGGCCGCGCUGCUCCGCCGCCCCUGAGGGCCUGCGUCGUCGCUCCUUCCAGGCCGAGGACGGCGCCUCCCCGAGCGUAGGGCCCAGGUGGAGUGGGCUUGUGCGCACCCCGCGCCCCUCUCCCCGGGACCCGGCGCCCCGACUUUGGUUCCAGGGCCCCAGGGCUCACGCCCACCCAGCCCAGGCCCCGCGCCGCCUUCUCCUUUCUUUUCCUGGCCGAAUUAGGUUUUUCUUCCCCACAGUUGUGUCCAGUGGCCUCAGGGCUGCCGAAAGUUUCGGAUGAGCCUAUCCCAACAUUUAGAAAUGUGGCUCUGGAACCUGGAAGUCCUGGAGAGUCGCCCUUAGGGCUCCAGAUCGCCGGCUUCUGCGUUCUUUCUUCCUCUCCAAAGCUAAGGAUCCUCAAACUCACUGUCUCCUCAAACUCACUACCGCCCGAGGUGCCAUGGCCCCUAAGCCGUGGGGUGAGUGGAGCACGGCCCUGUCUCACCUGGCGCUGGGAGUGGUGUCUCUGCAUGCAGCCGUGAGUACUGCCCAGGCAAGUCGAGGGGCUGCUGCUGGCUUCCUGCUCCAGGCCUUGGCUGCCGCCACCAUGCUGGCCCCAGGACUGGGCACAGAUGAAGACUGUCUUGCUGGAGCCUGGGUAGCCACUGUCAUUGGCCUGCCCCUUCUUGCCUUCGAUUUCCACUGGGUGAAUGGGGACCGCUCCUCUGCCAACCUCCUCCUGGGAGGAGGCAUGGUGCUGGCAGUGGCAGGUGACCACCUUAGCGCUGAGGGCCGCUCUGUGGCUGGUCAGGCAGUGGUGCUGGUGGUCGCAGUGACCAUCCUCAUUGUGGCUGUUUUCACGACCAACACUUAUGGAAUGUGGGGGGGUGCGAUGCUGGGUGCUGCAGGCCUCCUGAGCAGGGUGGAGGAGGACAGACUGCUACUGCUGCCAAAGGAGGAUGUCUGUCGAGGGGCCCUGGCCGUGGGCAGUUGGGCCUACCACCGGGCUCUGCACACACAGCGCCUGCAGUGGGAGUGACAGCAAGGCAGGGCUUCUGCCCUGACUAUCACCUCCCUCUCCCACCAGCCUGCUCCUGGGGCCUCCUCCCCUAGGGAUAGACUCUCCUUCCUCCCAAAGUGGGCUUCUGUAGGGUCACCCAUCAGAGAGCAGAGUCUGGGCGCUGCCCCUUCUCUGGCUGAGUGUGGGGACUUGCGCAGACCAGAAUGAAGGGGUCCUAGGCACGUUUUGGGGCCUGACUCUGGGCAGGCCAUGGUCAUGGAUCCAGAGAGAGGCUUGGUCUCCAAUAAACCUUGGGGAUUCAGCAGAAAUGUGGAAUCUGCCCAUUCUUAAGAGGGAUUGAGGGGUCCUCCGGGGAGCUUCCUAAGGCUCCUAGAGCAGCAGCUGAUUUCUCAGAGUGAAGGAAGGGAAUGCGCUGGAACCAGCCCCGGGGCCUCCCCCAGCCUGGCCUCCUGCUGGCAUCUUUGUCAGGAGAGCCCCUGGACUGAGAAGACAUACUCCUGGGCCCUUGCUCUCCUGGGGCAUAGUGGGGUUCUGAAUAUCCUUGCACGGCCUGGCAGGUGGCCCUCUAGGGCAGUGACCUUCACGGGCUGCUGGCUGGGGUGGAAGCAGGGGAGGGCUGUACCACAGCUGCUCCCAGAAACCCACAUCUCCCCGUGCUGACUCGACCUCUACCUGUUGGCCCUCUGGCCUGUGCAACGCAAGUCCUGAUUUCCUAAGACCCUUACUUUCCUCAGUGGACCCUUCUUCAGCUCCCAACCCCAGGGUUAGGAAACGGGAUUGGCCAGAGCAGUGGGUUAGAUUCGGGGUCCAGAGUCCUCCCGCGGGGAGUCCGGGCGCUUGAGUCCUGUGUAAGCACAUCUGGUCCCGCACAGGAGGGAAAGGGGUGGCCCCCGGGGUUUCUCUCUCCGGGAGCCACGCUAGAGCCCCGCGCACGCAAGCCCGAGUGUCGGUGGGCAAAGGCGCACGCACACCCCGACGUGGGGUCCAGCGCUGCCCCCCGUCCCCGGUCACCCGCGACGUGUGGGCCGCGCCCUAGACGGCCGGAAGCAC